AUGCACCUCUCCAGGCAGAUUCUCACCAUGGCCACCGCACUCCUGUUCGCCAGCGCCGGCGUUCAGGCUGCCUGCACCACCGAGAGUCCCGGCACUCAGGGCUUCAACGGCGGCAGCUGCAACCCCGGCAAGACUUACUGCGGUUACGCUCCUACUGGUGGCUACGGCAUUACCUGCUGCGAUAACUCAAGCUGCAAGUAA